AUGGAACCAUUUCAAGAAGCCAGGAAUAUUCACAAGUAUAAGAGAAGGUUGGGCAUGCAGUAUGCAAAUUACAAUAUAAAUGGAAAGAUAUGGGUGUUUAUUCAGGAUCACAUUCAGGUUGGAGUGUUAUCUGAUACAGAACAACAGCUAACAUUACAAUUGAAUUUUCAAAAUUCCAGUGAAUCUUUGAUUACUACCAUUGUUUAUGCCAAAUGUAGUCCUUUCACCUGGUGGAAUGGCAGAGCUGAUAGUGAAUGCAUCUUUAAAAGGCUGGACAGAAUACUGAUAAAUCAUGAAUGCAUGGGCAUGGUUGUACAUGUGGAAAUGGAGCACCUAGCUAGAACAGGAUCAGAUCAUGCCCCAUUAUUACUCUCUUUUGGUGGACAACAACCUCAUAUUAGAAAACCAUUCAAAUUCUUGAAAUUUUGGGUGGAAGAGGCUGACUUUAAGGAUGUGGUGAAAAGAAGUUGGGUUGCUCAGGAGAAUUCAGAUAUUUUUAUUACUAUUAAGCAGAAAAUGAAGAAUACUAAGUAUGCUCUUGCCUGUUGGAGCAAAGAAAGAUUUGGAGAUAUAUUCAAACAACUGAUCAUUAGAGAGAAGAUUGUGAGGCUCAAAGAAGAAUUUUUUGAAGAAAAUCCUACUAAGCAAUUUUCUAGUGAAAAUGUCCCUGCAGACUUGUCUCUUCUUAAUCAUGUGCCUACACUAGUUACUGAGGAGAUGAAUAGGGGUAUUACAAAGGCACUAUUAGAAAAGGAAGUGAAGAGGGCAGCACUUUACCUAAAUCUAUUACACAUACUAAUUUGGUCUUAUUGCCAAAAAAAAAAAAUUGUUCAGUCAUUCUCUGACAUGAGGCCAAUUAGUUUAAGUAGUUUUCUUAAUAAGGUAAUAUCAAGAUUGAUUCAUGAUAGGCUUGAGGCAUAUCUCCCUACUCUAGUGUCUAAAAAUCAGUCUGGGUUUGUGAAGGGCAGAAAUAUCACAGAAAAUAUCUUAUUGGCCCAAGAAAUCAUUACAAAUAUGAAGAAAAGAGGCAAACCUGCUAAUGUGGUAAUUAAGCUGGAUAUGGCCAAAGCUUAUGAUAGAGUGGAUUGGAAGUAUUUGAUAAAGGUGCUGGAAAAAAUGGGAUUUGAUAAUAGAGUGGUGGAUAUGAUUUGGAGAUUAUUGGCUAAUAAUUGGGGUGUGAAACAAGGAGACCCUUUGUAUCAUGCUCUGUUUAUUUUAUCUACAGAAGUGUUGUCUAGAGCCCUAAACUCUUUAUUUGAGAAUAAGGACUUCAAGAGAUUUGGGAUGCCAAAAUGGAGUGAUAACAUUAAUCAUUUGUCAUAUGCGGAUGAUACUAUCUUAUUUGUUUCUGCAGAUAAGAAGUCUUUGAGGUUAGUGAUGCAAACUUUGGAGGAGUAUGAGCAACAGUCAAGGCAGAAGAUCAAUAAGGAGAAGAGUUUAUUUUAUGUGCAUGAUAAAACUGCUAGAACUGUGAUCCAGGAGGUGGAAAGUUGUAUAGGAUUCCCCAGAGGAAAAAUUCCUUUGAUGUACUUAGGGUGUCCAAUUGGACAUGCCAGACAGAGAAAGAAUCACUAUUCAGAUCUCAUUAAAAAGGUACAUAACAAAUUGCAAACCUGGAAAGGGGAGAUCCAUUCUUUUGGAGGUAAAUCUGUAUUAGUAAAUAAUGUUCUGAAUAGCAUCCCUAUAUAUCUAUUGUAUGCUAUAAAUCCUCCUAAAUGUGUGAUUCAUGAGUUACAUAGAAUGUUUGUAAGAUUUCUAUGGAAUUUCAAGAAGGUGGGCAGAAACAAACAUUGGGUUGCUUGGGAUGUUAUUUGCAGGCCUAAAGAAGAAGGUGGUCUAGGCUUUAGAUCACUGUUUGAUAUUUCAAAAGCAUUACAUGCUAAACUAUGGUGGAUAUUUAGGACUCAAAAGUCAAUGUGGACUAUCUUCAUGUGGAAUAAGUAUUGCAAAAGAUAUGCUCCUCAGGUGGUAGAAUGGAAAUGGGGUUAUCAGACGUGGAAGUAUAUGAUUGAAGCUAGAAAUUAUGUUGCUCAAAAAAUUUGGUGGGAGCCAAAGUGUGAGAAUGCUAAAAUUUGGUAUGACAACUGGACUAAGCUUGGAGCUCUACAAUAUUAUCUCCCAGUGACUAACAGAAGAUCUCACCAGUUUGAAGAUGUCAAUCAAUUAGUCAAUAAUGGGAGGUGGAAUACUAAUGUACUAACUGAGGUUAGUAAUCACAUCCAGCAUAAUCUUAUGGUUGAAGAAGGGUCAACAGAAUGGGACAAACCCUGGUGGAUGCUUAAUCCUUUUGGGAAAUUCACAGGCGAGUCUGCUUGGGAAAUACUAAGACAACCAGGUGAUGUUCUAGGGGAUUACAAGAAGUUGUGGAUAAAAGGAAUGCCUUUCAAAGUGUCCUUCUUGGUUUGGAGGUUCUGGAUUAAGAGAAUUCCUAUUGGGGAAGUGCUUGUAAGAAGCCAGAUAUGUGAUGAACUAAUUUGUAAAUGUUGUGUUGAAAAUGAGAGGGAAACAAUUGAACAUUUAUUUAUUAAGUGUCCAAUUGCUAACAGGCUAUGGGGUAAUUUUGCAGGUGCAAGGGGGAUAAAUGGUCCUUUUUUACAAUUAAGGGAUUCUGUAAUGAAAUGGUGGAAUGCAGAAAGAACACCUAAGUUGCAAAUACUCUUCAAUGCAGUGCCUUUAUUUACAAUAUGGCAGAUUUGGGAGAGGAGUAACACCAUUAAUCAUGGAGGAAGAAUGUCAUAUAUGGGCAUGGAAUUAGAAAUAAACAUAAAUUUGUUUCUGUUAGCCAAGUAUAACUACCCUUGGCUCAAAAACUUACCAACAUCUUGGCCUGGGUUAGUAAGAUUUUUGGAGGAGUACAUUCCCACCCUUGGUUGCAGAAUAGUAGUGUGGAAGCUUCUAGAGAUGGGGUCCUUUAAAUGCAAUUCUGAUGGAACUUCGAAGGGAAAUCCAGGCCCAAGUUCUGGGGCUUUUUGUAUCAGGAAUGGAGAAGGGAACUUAAUUUAUGCUGAAGUAAAGAGAUUAUUUGAUGGUUCGAAUCUAGUGGCAGAAGUGGUGGCCUUAAGAUUGGGGCUGGAGUAUUGUGUACAACACAAUCUUCUCCCUGUUACACUUGAAACUGAUUCUCUAUCUUUGAAGAAUAUUCUGGAUGGAAGCUGGGAAAUCCCUUGGGGCAUAGCGAUGGAAGUCAAGAGGAUCAAGAUGCUUAUGAAGGACAAGGAAGUGACAGUGGAACAUACACUCAGAGAAGGAAAUCAGUUGGCUGAUUUUUUUACUAAUCACAUUUUCUGUUUUGUAGGGACUCAAAUACUAACAUAUUCAAAUAUUCAAGAUAUACCAAGGGAAGCUAGAGGCAUCAUCAAUACAGAAAAAGCAAAACUUCCUAAUCUCAGGAUAAAAAGAUAUCAAAAUGGAGAUUUUUGUUAA